UGGUUUGACCGGUUUGUAGCUGAUUCCGAAUUGCAAACGGAACAUGUCGUCUCUUUGUUUUUUUUUCUAGUCUUUUUAGUUUGCACUACCUAUUCAUCUUGGUAAUGGCUGUUUUUAAUCUCUAGGUAGAGUUUGUGGAGGGUACACAAAAGAAAGCAAAACAUCAUUAGAUAUAAACGCCAACGCAAGGAGAACUUUUAUUAUAGGCAGCGGUAAAGUGUCUCUAAGCAAGAUCCAAGUGACCUAUAGUUGGAAAUGUUAUACUGAGCAGGAAUUUGUGAGUAGUUUUGCAUUUUAUGCUCUGAUGUCGACCCCGUAAAUUGAGGAACAAAAAAAAAAUUACGCAGCAGGCCAUCUUUUCCCUGAUUGGUUACUUUCUUAUUGAUCGGCCGCAAGUAAAAUGGCUCCAGUUUAUGAUAUCAAAACCGACGUACAAAGUGUAGCCAAUUCGGAGGAUGAGUUCUCGGACGCCACCGAUAUAGCACAGUCUUCCGAAGCGGUAUGUAAUGAAUCGUCAAUCGAACCGGAGGAUGAUGAUUUGGACUCUACAGAAAGUGUGCAUUCUCCCCAGACAUAUCAACCAGUCUGGAAUGAUUUGGAUGCUGCUGGGAGAAAGAAUUCAUCAGAACCACAACCGGGUUGCAGUUCCCAGCUGGAAUCGGGGUCCAUCGUUAGAUGCGACAGUAUAACACAUUCAUCUGAUUCCGGCGAUAGUAACGUUCGAGCUGGGGAAAUGGAUGCGCCGUGCAGUAGUCGUGUUACCGGUGACACAGAACCGGUUAAACAAACUAACUUCAUCAAUAAUCUGGUGGAAUCGCAAUCCGAUGCCUUUGUAAUGUACAGCAGAGCCGAUGAAUCGCAAGGCGAGUGUGUUAAAGUAAGGCUACAGGAACAUGUUGGUGUGCUGGUUGAUCCUGAUCAGAAUGCCAGAAACCAGUCGGUUGAUUUCAUGGGUACUGAAGUAGCAAAUCUUGACAUUGGAAAAGAGGCUACAGAAUACUGGGAAGAUGAGCCAAACAAAAAACCCAGAUACAAGAGAGCUUUGAAUUACGUAGCUUCAUUUAUACCGGGGAGCAAUUCUGAAAACGAUGGGCACAUAAAGCUGAAUAAACGAAUAUUCAAGGAUACUGCUCAAUUGGGAUUUUCUUACUGUUUCACUCAUGAAGGUUUGAGGAUUGUACUGCACGACGAAGGCAGUUUGAUGGUGACAGAAAAUAAUUUUGUGGCCACUGUUUCCAUGAUUGACUCUCAUGGUUUACAUGGUAGCCUAGAAGAUAAAAGUGCAAAAAAAAUCUUGCAGGAAGGCCUUCGAAUCAUUAAAGUGAUUCAAUGUGGGUUGAGAAACCAAUUAAGUGAAUCGUGCGAGAAGUUGAUCGGCACCAUCAGAAAAAUUAUGACCGAAAUAACCGACGGGUAUGAGGAAACUGUUGACUAUAGUCAGCUACUGUUACUCGUAGAUAAAUUUAAUAAAGGUGAAAAAUUUACGUGCAGAAGUUUGUGCCAAGAAAUCAUGAACAAUCACCGUAUUUCCAGUGGGCUGAAAAAAUUAGCAGAAGAGGUACGAAGUUUGGAUAUUAGAACGUACAAGAGAGAUAAGAAAUUGGCUUGUUUCGGGCUGCAGAUGGAUGAUUCGACAAAAAAACUGUGCGACGAAUGGGCUCAAAUCACUAAAGACAGUGCACCAAAGCAUAGACAAUUUUUGGAGAAUAAAGCUCCCCCCUUUCUGCAGGACAAAUUGCAGAAUCUAUCUCCGGAACAAAUUAUUCUCAUUACUAUCAAUGAUGUGAAUCUGUAUGCGAAUAUUGCACAUUUUCAGGAUGCCGUCGUUUUCCAGAAGCCUUUGGAGGAUCUAGCUGACCGAUGGAUUCGUCAGAUCAAAGUAAAUGGGAAAACAGGCUCGGCGACUAACCAAAUUUACUUCUUUCUGUGCAAAAGUUUGGAGGAGAUCAUUUUGGAAAUUAGGAGCAAAUCAAGCAAUACAAUAGAGCAGCUGAUUGUGAGCAAUACAACAGGGUGGUAUCCUAUCGAAAAUAUCGCGUGGAAAUCGGAAGACAGCAUUACGAAGUGCUUGGAGAAUGAGUAUCGGUUUGUUUUCAAACUAUUGCAUUAUUUCGACCCAAGUCAGGGUAAACAACCGAAAUCGUUCCCGUAUACGAUGAAACUGUUGCAAGAUAAUAUAUCGAUGAGACCGAAGAUUUACGGAAGAACCAAUCCUCUAGGUAUAGCGGAUGAACUUUACGUCUGGUGUUGUAUGUUGGACGAUGUGGUUUCGCGUGUCCUCGAGGAUGACGGCACCGAGCUGCACAUGUUCGACGAUAUUAUCAAGAAUUAUCUCCAUCAUAUCUGUAGCGUGGAUCAUGAUCAGCUGGAAACGGUGCGCGUCGUUACUCACAAUACGAUCCGUUUCAUCGUUCAAACGAUCUCAUCUGUACAAGGAGCAAGUGACUCGUCGUUAGACAGACAAGUGCUACGUAGACAACUGGAAAUCGUCAAUUCCCUGGUAGUUGAACGAAGCUCAUCAAUGAACCAUUUCCGUGAUCUGAUGGAAAUUUUCAGCAGCUUUUGGAGAUAUGGGAGUACAAUUCUUGCAAAAUUGACAGCUAAAAUGGACAUACCGGAAAUGUACGCUCUCAAAGAUAAUCUAACCAAUCUGGCGAUGGACGCUUUGCACAAAGAUGUUACGAUCGAUGAGCUCGUGAGAUUUUUACGGGCGUAUUAUGAUUUAUUGGUCGAUUUAGAUGGCCUACCGAUCGACUGGUUCAUCAAAAGCACCUGCACAGAAACAGUGAUGCGUGCUAUCGAGAUGCUGGAUUUGAUCGAACUGGUCGACAAUCGGUGGUCUACCACAGAUUCGAAAACUUAUCGAGUCAUCAAUCCACAUCGAUUUGCAAAGUGCGCUCCACCAAUGAUGAACAUUGAAACCGUUCCCAAGCACUACGUCAUCGACAUCAUAGCUACACUCGUGUCUCAAAUUAAACUUCAACUGCAAAGGGAAUGCUGGGGAUCCGGAGAGCGCCUAACAUCAUCUGAGCAGCUAUCAUCGGCCAUCGAGCUAAUCUCCGCCGUCAGAAUAUCCCUGCUCUAUUUGGACGAGCAAUCGGACUACGUUUCAUUUGACCAAUUUUACGACGAAAGUGUGAAGCCGUUUUGCAAUCUAAUGGACCACUGCAACUCACUGGCGAACUUCACCAACCGCGCCAACCUCAUUCGGGAAUCGUUCUGGUACAUUCGUAAACAGAACGAAAUGGACAUCACGAGGGCGUUGGAACUGUACCGUGAGCUCAACGAUACCCAGGACGAUCGAAUGUUGCGAGAUGCGUAUCAACGCUAUUUGGUAUGCUUUCAAGAGCACAUGAUGAUGUCUGUGGGAAAGGAAGACAAGGAAAGCAUACGGAAGAUUGUUGAGGAGGUGAAGGCAUACACCGAAAAAAUUCACGUCAACGAAUGGUCCCAAUAUUUUAAGAUGGAAAAAGUACCGAAGAUUCUAGCAGGACUGGCUGCAGUUUGGUCCAUAUCAAGUUCGAAGGAUGUUUUCAUCACGGGAAAGUAUCUCAGUCCACACUGCAUACAGAUUCUUUGUAUUUUGAAACUACUGAGUGUUGAUGAAAAGUACAAUGGAGUAACGAAUAAGCUGGCUCAAGUGCUAACCGGUCAGGGUAAAUCUUUGAUUCUUGGGUUAACUGCAGCGUUACUGGCACUGACAGGUCACAACAUCCGCAUCGUUUGCUACAACCGAGGUCUGGUAACUAGGGAUCAACUGGAUUUCCAAGAAUUCUUCGUCUAUUUUGGUGUCGAGCGGGAUAUAAUCUAUGGUACAUUUGAGGAUAUGGCAAAUGCAGUAUUAACUCCAGUGGUGAAUGGCGAAAAAAAGGGCUUGAGAGAGUUAGUAACCGAUCUAUUGCUAGAAGGUUCACAUGUGCGCUCGAGCAAUAGUGCUGUGGAUUUAAAAAAAUCUGUUCUAUUGAUGGACGAAGUAGAUGUAUUUUUCUCUCGAGAUUUCUACGGAAACAAUUACGCUCCUGUAGCAAACCCACUUAUCACCGGAUUGGGACGAAUUCAGGUAGAAAUUUGGAAGGCCGUUUGCCAACAAUGCUACGACAUCCCAACACUAACUGACCGUAUCGAACGUUUCAUCAAAUCAUUUGUAAACUCGGAAGCUUUCGCCGAAUUUUUGAAUGCUGCAGACCGGUAUACUCUUCUUGUUCCUUUUAAUUCACGGUUAACACGCAAAGGCUACACCAACCGUACUCUUUUCGCUGAACAUUUACAGCAAAUGCUACAGUGCGCCAUCAAAGUUCACCAAAGCCCGGUUUCCGAGUGCUCCGACUUUAGGCUUAGUGCACGGAACACAAUCACCUACAAGUAUCGAGAAGAGUACACAAACCACAAAAAAGCAGGUUAUCUAAACGUGUUCCACUACUUCCGACUAAAGGGAUCCAACUUCUGCUCGCAGAUCGCCGGAGAACUCAAUUACGGCUACCUGAACAUUGACUGCGGUUCGCUGUCAUACGCAAUGUUGCCGAAGAACUACCCGCUCAUCCUGGGAGUUUCCGGAACAAUAACUGCCCUAAGCGAUCCCGAAAAGGACGCCAUGAGAGAUCUUUACAGUAUCACCAACAUGAUCGUGCUGCCGACGUUCUUCGGUUGUUCAAACUUGCUGUUCAACAGUACCAGUGGCUUCUGUCAUCUACGGACGAAGAAUGCCUGGUUGGAACGAAUCGCCCAUCGAACUCAGGAGGUCGUAGCAGCAAGUCGAGCUGCGCUCAUUUUCUUCAAAACCGACGUCGAGCUGAACGAGUUCAAGCUCAAGUAUUCCGGUCGCUUCGAUCGAUUGACUGUGCUGACGGAAAACACCGAUCCCGAGCGGAGACAGCUUUGCAUCAACGAGGCAGGCGUCGCCCGAACGGUCACGCUAGCAACUCGUGGCAUGGGACGUGGAAUCGACUACAAGUCCAGCGUUAGCGUCGAGAGAAACGGUGGCAUUCACGUUAUCCAGACGUUCUUCUCAGUGGAUGUUAAAGAAGAAACCCAGAUCAAGGGACGAACUGCUCGUAAGGACAAUAAGGGCAGCUAUGAGCUGAUUGUUUGUGACGGCGAUUUAAAAGCUGACCGCGUUUGGAAGGUGAAAGGCGAUAAUACGUACCAAACACUACACGAAGCUAGAAGCAAAAUAACUCUUCAGGACGGUAAAACUACCGCAAAAGCUAUCGCCGCCGAAGCUGCUGCCCACGACACUACGAUGCAAUAUUUGAGGGAUUUGAUUGUGCCGGAUUUGAUUGAACAAGGGCCUUUGCCCGCUUAGGUCGAUGCAAAGAUUCUAAAAACAAUAUUAUUGAGUUAUUUUUUAUAUUUUUCAGUACAUUUAAACAGAAAUAAAGUUGUCUUUUUUUAAA